UGGCCGUGAAACCGCAGCGCGCGAAAAAGAAAAUAUAGAAAAUCGUCGCGAAAUCGUCGCCCUCCUGGAAAGUUACUAAUUGAGUCCCGUGAUUCAGAAAGAACGAGUUGCAAACUAUGACUAAGUGGAGAAUGGAUAUACUGGGAAUUUUCGUACUCAUCAUUAGCUGCUUGGGAUUAUCAAGUGCGCUCGGAGUCCAUCUGAGCGAUCUUCAGCAGGACCUGGCUGCCAAUGGAUCGGUGGUUCUGACCCCUUUAAACAGUACGGAUGCCUUUGAUGUGUCUAUCAACUUGUCCCAAUCGACGGUCAACAAUUGUCCUUCGCUGAAAAAUGCGGAAUCCAUGUCGCAAAUGGAAUUGCUCACCCGUUUAACUGCAGGCUGUCGCUAUGACAGGAUGGUUCCGCCCGCCGUUUACAAGGAUGGAGAGCAGGUGCCCAUGGACAUCUAUGCCCGUUUCUACAUUUACGUGAUGAAGAACCUGGACUCGAGUGAUCUGCAGUUCAUGGUGCAGGGUCUGCUCCAGCUGAGAUACUUGGAUCCGCGACUGGCUUUCUCCAGUUAUCUGCCGAACAGAAGGCAGCCAAUAAUGGGUGAAUCGGAGCUGAAGAAAAUGCUCUGGGUGCCACAUAUAUUUCUGAGGAACGAAGAGGACUCCACUGUUCUGGGCACCAGUGCCAAGGAUGAAUUGACCUCUAUAUAUCCCAAUGGCACCGUUUUGACUUCCACGAGAUUGCAGGCGACUCUCUAUUGCUGGAUGAACUUCCAGAAGUUCCCCUUCGAUGAGCAAAAGUGCACUACGAUCCUGGAAAGUUGGAUGUAUAAUACCUCCCUAGUGCAACUUCAUUGGGAGACGAACCUCCCGGUGUCCUUUGACAAACAACUUCAGCUGACGGAAUACAACCUCAUUGGCUCCUUGUACAAUGAAUCGAUAAGAGUGUCGAAUAGUUCUUAUAUGACCCAUGGUUCCUUGGAGGGCAACUACAGCAUAAUUAGCUUCACUGUUCUGCUGACCCGUGAAGUGGGCUACUAUGUGAUUGACUACUUUCUGCCCUCUAUCAUGAUUGUGACCAUUUCGUGGGUGUCCUUCUGGCUGCAGGCGGAUCAAACUCCUGCCAGGACUACCCUAGGUUGCACCACCCUGCUCUCCUUUAUAACGCUUUCCUUAUCGCAGGAGAACGACCUGAUGAAGGUGAGCUAUGUGACCAUGUCGGAGGUGUGGUUCCUGGUCUGCACCAUCUUCAUUUUCGGCAGCCUGGUGGAGUUUGCCUUUGUCAACACCAUUUGGCGGAGGAACAACGAUCUGCAGCUCAAGAAGCGAACCACCAAGUAUAUUGUCAAGUCAACAUUUGUACCCAAUCUGAAGAGACAUCGUCGACAUGGCUAUCGGAGGACCGAUAGCACCAUGAGUACGAUGAGCACCACCAGCAUGGACAAGUCGUGUGGUCCCAAUAACACGGUGAUCACCAUAGAGACUCCCAUCAUCAUAGGAGGCAGUCUCAGUCGCGAGGAUUCGGCCAUAAGUCUAGAUGAGCAGGAUGAGACCUCCACAUCCUCAUCGAGUGAUUCGGCGAAGGAGAAACCCCCUCAGACCUUUGCCACCAUGACACCCAAAGAGGUCUCCCUGUGGAUCGACCGAAAGAUGCGGUUCGUCUUUCCGCUGGCCUUCGUCGUCUUCAAUGCCCUGUUCUGGACCCUGGUCUACUGCCUUUGAGGAUCCCACUUUAAAGAGCCAUUCUGUGAUCCUGGAGCAUCCUCACCCCCGCCUCAUUAGCCUUAGUUCUUGCAGUAGAGCUUG